CAGGCUAGAUGCAGGGAGAUUGCUCCCGAUGUUGGGGAAGUCCAGGACAAGGGGUCACAGCUUAAGGAUAAGGGGGAAAUCCUUUAAAACCGAGAUGAGAAGAACUUUUUCCACACAGAGAGUGGUGAAUCUCUGGAACUCUCUGCCGCAGAGGGUAGUCGAGGCCAGUUCAUUGGCUAUAUUUAAGAGGGAGUUAGAUGUGGCCCUUGUGGCUAAGGGGAUCAGAGGGUAUGGAGAGAAGGCAGGUACGGGAUACUUAGUUGGAUGAUCAGCCAUGAACAUAUUGAAUGGCGGUGCAGGCUCGAAGGGCUGAAUGGCCUACUCCUGCACCUAAUUUCUAUGUUUCUAUAACCGGGCUCACUCGCAGUGUCCAAUCAUAACCCGGUUUGCCUUUCUCCCAACCCAUUUGCCUGCUCACAGAGCCUUACAAAUUGUCCCCUCUUUAGUGCCCUACUUUGACAAAAGGAAGCCACUGACAAUUUUGUCAAAAUAGAGUUAUUGCUUGUUUUAGGGUAAUUGAGACAUGCUCUACACAAUGGUGAACAAAAUAAGUCACAUGACCCUCCAUUUCUGAGAUAUUAACAUGUCAAGAGGAAGCAACCAAAGAUUAUAACUUUGCUCUAUAAUCUUUGGAAGCAACUGACCAUGUUCCACUAAGCCUAUCAUCAAACAGCAUAGAAAUGACAGCUUGUGGGAAUCAACCAUUCAGAGAGCUCCUUACAUCCUGCUUGGCUUUCGCUCUGUGUUUUAGUUGUGAACUCGCCCGUAAAUGCUGACAUUCUCUGAUGUUUUUGCACAUUUGAGAUAUUGUUGUGGUGAAAAUCGACGAGAACAGCAAUCCAGCCAAUAAGGAAGAUGUCAAUUUGCGUAACAACAGUGAUGAAUCUGUUCCCGUUCUUCCAGACAAUCCACAUUACAGGCCUCAGAGGACUCCGUUGCAGGAAAUGCAAGGACUGAACGCAGUUGAGAAUCCUGCCAAGAAGGCAAAGCUUCAUACAGAUCCUGCAUGUCGUAAACUCGAAAAGGCAAGGGAGAAACACAACAUGAAACCACCAUGCAACAACUGUAAGCGAAAAUGCAGUGACAAAAUUCCACACGAGCGCCGUCGUGCUAUUCACGACCAGUUCUGGGAAAUGCCGUAUGAAGCACAGAGACAGUGGCUGUUUGAUCAUAUUCAGGUCACUGAGACAAAGAAACCAGGGACAAAUCUCCAGGAGUUCUACGACAGGAACCACACACGUCUCUACAGGUUCAGUGACGAGACAGGCCACCAGCACAUGGUAUGCAAAAAGUUUUUCUUGUUUACCCUCGGCUACACAAGUGACAAAGUCAUCACAGUCAAGCUCAACUCAGCCACGCCAGGAGAGAUAUCACUGCAGAGAGAUGACAUGAGAGGACGCCAUGACCCCAAACACAAACUUUCUGCAAAAAACCAAACACUCAUCAGCGACUACAUCAACUCCUUCAACACAUGCAUCAGUCACUACAGACGCGAACAUGCUCUGCAAAGGAAGUACCUCCCACCAGAACUGAGCAUUAAAGAAAUGUACCAUGACUUCCAGAAAUCACACCCGGGUGUUGCAGGUUACGACACUUAUAGAAAGACCGUCAACAGCUUGAACAUUAAUUUCGCCAAAUUGGGGGAGGAUGAAUGUGAGCUCUGUCUAAUUUAUGAGAAACAUGAACACGACAAUGAAGACACGUCAAAAUGUGCAGCAUGGAAAGAGCAUAAUGAAAAUGCUUGAAGGAGCAGAAAGGCCUGUGAAGAGGAUCACGGGACAGAGAAGCAUUCUUCUCCAUGGACAUGCAGAAAGUGAUCAUGUCGCCAAGGUUACUGGGUGUGAAGACGUGUGUUCACACGCAGACUUGUUUUCUUCCAUGAGACAUUUGCACCCCUUGGAGAAAAAGCAGCAGGCAGUAGGAGUAGUUUGGCACGAGGGCAUUGCCGGCCGGCAAGCUGAGGAUGUUGUCAGUGCGUUCGACAAGGUCAUUCACGAAGGGGCCUACCGGGAUUGCGAGCACUUCACAUUUUGGGUGGCCAACUGCACGGCUCGGAAUAAGAUUGGGUUCUGUUCAAAGGCAUGGCGCUCAUGGUUAAUGAGGAUGGGGGGCCAAACACUGUCACCCUUAACUACUUUGAGAAAGGACACACCUUCAUGUCUGCUGAUUCAUUCCAUGCACAGAUUGAGAAAGGCAUGCGAACAAAAAAGAACAUCUACAACUUUGCAUAGAUUUGGCAGCGGUGCUGCCAUCCAGAUGGGACCAGCAGACUUCAGUCUGUGGGAGAAUGGAAUGAGCAGCGCAGGCUUCACCAACAAACCGGUUCUCAGCACAGUCCGAGUUGCUCAGUUUCGCCGUGGCUCCAGCAAAAUCUACUGGUAAACAUCGACCGAGGAUGAGCAAUUCUCGUGUGGGGAAUUCCUGAAGAAGAAAGUGGCUGAGAAGGUGUUGAAGGGGCAGCAUUUCCCCCAAGGAAUGGUGCACAGGGAAUCCCAAGCAACAAGAAAAAUGACAUCCUGAUGAAACUGUGCCCCCUCAUGCCUCCCAACAGAUGUCAGUUCUGGAGAGACAUUGUCGAGAAUCAAACCUCUCAAGAUCUCAUCGAUAAUGAGUUGAAAAAUAACAAUGAGGACAACAAACAUGUCUGGCAAUGUUUAUAUUAGAGAUCAUGACAGGGAGAUGAGAAUGGCAGGGAGUGACUAGUUGGGUACAGCAAGGCUCAGUGCUGAGACCCCAGCUAUUUACAAUAUAUAUUAAUGAUUUGGACGAGGGAAUUGAAUGCAACAUCUCCAAGUUUGCGGAUGACACGAAGCUGGGGGGCAGUGUUCGCUGUGAGGAGGAUGCUAGGAGGCUGCAAGGUGACUUGGAUAGGCUGGGUGAGUGGACAAAUGCAUGGCAGAUGCAGUAUAAUGUGGAUAAAUGUGAGGUUAUCCACUUUGGUGGCAAAAACAGGAAAGUAGACUAUUAUCUAAAUGGUGGCCGAUUAGGAAAAGGGGAGAUGCAACAAACCAGUCAUUGAAAGUAGGCAUGCAGGUGCAGCAGGCAGUGAAGAAAGCGAAUGGUAUGUUAGCAUUCAUAGCAAAAGGAUUUGCGUAUAGGAGCAGGCAGGUUCUACUGCAGUUGUACAGGGUAUUGGUGAGACCACACCUGGAGUAUUGUGUACAGUUUUGGUCUCCUAAUCUGAGGAAAGACAUUCUUGCCAUAGAGGGAGUACAGAGAAGGUUCACCAGACUGAUUCCUGGGAUGUCAGGACUUUCAUAUGAAGGAAGACUGGAUAGACUCGGCUUGUACUCGCUAGAAUUUAAAAGAUUGAGGGGGGAUCUUAUAGAAACAUACAAAAUUCUUAAGGGGUUGGACAGGCUAGAUGCAGGAAGAUUGUUCCAGAUGUUGUGGAAGUCCAGGACAAGGGGUCACAGUUUAAGGAUAAAGGGGAAAUCCUUUAGGACCGAGAUGAGAAAAACAUUUUUCACACAGAGUGCUGAAUCUCUGGAACUCUAUGCCACAGAAGGUAGUUGAGGCCAGUUCAUUUGCUAUAUUUAAGAGGAAGUUAGAUGUGGCCCUUGUGUCUAAAGGGAUCAGGGGGUAUGGAGAGAAGGCAGGUACAGGAUACUGAGUUGGAUGAUCAGCCAUGAUCAUAUUGAAUGGCGGUGCAUGCUCGAAGGGCCGAAUGGCCUACUCCUGCACCUAUUUUCUAUGUUUCUAUGAACAUUGUCAUGAACAUUAUAUAAUAUGAAGCAUCCGACUUGAUGUUGUUUAAGCUUCUUUUUUUUUCUGGUUAAUGUUAAAUACAAAUAUUUUACAAUAUUCUACACGUGCAGUUAUGUAGAUGCAAUGUACUUGGCAAACUGGUAAUGCAAUGUACUUGGCAAUCAAUGUACUUGGCAAACCGUUUGUAGGACAUGUGCAUUGAUUAGAGACACAUAUGGUAUGGCCAUUUGUGAUUUAGAAACUCAACACUUUAAUUUUCCAACAUUUCCAUGUCUUUAUUGGUGAAAUUAUUAAACACAUCUUCCCCC